AUGAUCACGAAGCCUUGCGGUUCAUUUAAACCCUCAACGUUGCUGGUGAAGUCCUCUGCAGCCAUGGUACAACGAUGGAGUAUUGCGUUGUCCGCCUAUUCCUUCGAAAUCCAUCAUCGGAGAGCGCAGUUCAUUCCACAUGAAGACUAUCUAUCACGCUACACCAUUUCAGAGGAGGUUUCUAUGGGUGAUUGUCUACCCACUCAGCCGCUCCCGUUAAGUCGAUCUGAUCUGGUUCACGAGACCAGGAAGUAUUACCACGAUAUCAUUUCUUGUCCCCGUCAAGGUUGGCGAAGUGAUAUCGUGUUGGAAGGUGGUACAAAGAGAGCCCCGGUUAGCAAACGAAUCAAGAAUGGGGCCCAUCCAACCGGACGCGCAGACGUAGCGGUUGGAAGUACUUCGCGAGACGAACGAAUCGACGAUUACAGCCCGACAGACACUCCGCAGCUUGCCAGAAAGAUAUCCACCGAAUACCACGACGCAAAAACUUUGCACACGCUGAAGAGUGCUAUUGCUUCCUUGAAUACCAGUACAUUCGAUGAACUGGACAGAGGCGUUGAUAACUUUCUGAUGAAAUACCGCAACGCAGUACAUUCAAUCACGGGGCACAGUCCAGCAAAGCUGUUCAAGAGUGGAGUACUUCGAACAAAUCUUCUACACUUGGAGUCUGCAGAAGUAGUGUAUCAUCGUGAUAACGAUUUACGACCCUACAGAGGCAUUGUACUAGACCGUAUGGGAGAAAGAAUGAAUUGCAUACCACUACAAAUGUUGAAAAUAUUACAGAAGAACCCAGAAGAUCCAAACGACUACUCCACAAAGCCCACCGUGAUUACAGAAAACCGGAGCUUCAUUCAAGCUGUGGCGGAUGUGGUGAUUGCUCAUGAANUAGGAACUCCUUUAUUUUAUUGA